AUGCGACCCGCUAAGUGCCUGCGACUUGGAAGUCCCCCCCCUGGCUCUCUCGCUCCAGCCAGGGCCCAAGCUGCAGCAUUGCGCCAGCCAAUCGCUCGAACGAUCAGCACUACCUCAAACAAGCGGCCACACCCAUCACCCUCCCAAUUGCCUGGAAGAUUGCAGGCCCCAUACCUCCAGCCCCAUCGCCGCUCGUUCGGUCUCCCCUCUCUCUCCUCCUUCCUGCCCUCCGGCGGCGGCGACAAUGGCAACAACUCGCCCAAGCGCGUCCUUACAGCGAACCGCACCCUUCCUUAUUCACCCGAGCUGCUCUUCAAAGUGAUCUCCUCGGUGGAAUCCUACUCCCAGUUCCUUCCUUUCCUUAACGCCUCCACGGUGACCGCCCGCGAUCCGGAAACAGGGUACCCAACGCAGGCCUUCUUGACGGUGGGAUACGGCCCGCUCAGUGAGACCUUCACGUCGCGCGUGGACUGCGAUCCCGCGAAAGGUAUCGUGGAGGCUCGCAGUGGCGCGAGAUACGAGCCCAAGGACGGGGGUUCGUCUGCCUCGGGCCUCUUCCCGGGGGCGAACGAAGGGAUCUUCGAGUACCUCUCUACAAAGUGGGAGCUGGCGCCUGUGGUUCCUGGGGGGAAGCCGGGGGGACCACAGACGAAGGUGCAGCUGGAGGUGCGAUUCGAGUUUCGGAAUCAGUUGCAUGCUACGCUUAUGGGGGCUGUUGAGGGGCAGAUGGCUGGGCUUAUGAUUGAGGCGUUUGAGAAGCGCAUUCGUGCGUUGCAUGAGGGACAAUAG